AUGAUACUAACGGAAGAUGACCAGAACGACGUUAGCCAUGAUACUGUAGAAAGCUGUGGUAAUGGUGCGGACAAUAAUAACAAUAAUAUUCAAAUGAGGCGAAUGAGGAAGACGCAGCUAUCCAAGAAGGAACUUCUCGAGAAAAGAAAAUCUGAUGUGUUUAUUGCUGCUAAGUCUUUAGAUACGGAAAUCCAGAAUGUGAAAAAUCUGAAGCGAUUGUCAAUUGGUUCGAUGGAUCUAGUGAUUGAUCCUGAGUUAGAGUUCAAAGUAAACAGCAGAAACUCGUAUUCUUCAGAUUCGUCAAAGGAAUCACUACAAGAAUCACUGUGUGAAGAAGAUGUUAUACAGCCAAAACAAGAGGAAGAAAAAAGGGGCGAAGAUAAUGACGCAUACGAGGAGGGGGAAGCUACUAAUGCGGACGACAGUAUAGAUAUCACUCAAACAGAAUAUUUGCAUGAUGAAGAGACAUUGGAGAAGGAAAAGAUCUUUUAUAAUGCGCCUUCAUCCACUUCUUCAGCAAGAGUCACGUGUAGAAAUAGAAGACUAAGCGGGGUAAAGGCAUUGGCUCACGACGCAGUCUUGGAGGCAAUGGAUGAUCACGAAUCAAAAACUGUCGAUUUUACCCAAAACUUGUUGUGGGUGCCUGCUAACCAACAUCCGAAUGUUAAACCAGAAAAUUAUUUGGAGUUGAUUCAAGACACUUUACAAAACAUUCAAAUAAGCACGGACGAAGACUCUGGUGAAAGCACGUUAGAAGUGGGCAAUAACCAUGUAAUUCUCAAUCGAAAAAGCUCAGGCUCUAUUGUUAGAAGACCUUCUCGUUUGAAAACUUCCUACACCAAGUUUGAUGACGAAAUUUCUGUCGCAGAUAAACCGGAAGUAGGACAAGAGCAAGUCAAUAAGCGAAUACCCUCCUCUGAAGUUAGAACCAUAAGAUCUGUAUCUUUGAAGGAAAUCACUGAAGAGCUUACCAAGAUAUCCAAUAAUGCGGGCUUAACCGGCUCUAAUGCGGUUACUUUGGCCAGAAGCUUAAGCAUGUCAGGUUCGUUUACUAAUGAAAAUCUUCUUUUAAAGAGCAACGAUGCUGAAAAUGAUAGUGAAUUUGCAUCUAAUAUGUUCAAUGAGAGUGGACGUACCAUACCGGAAAGAUCUUCUUUGAGAAGGUCUAAAUUCAACACAUAUAAAAUCAGACUGGAGGGCAGUGGCCUUCCACAAGCGGCAAAUCUCAAAAACCUAAUGAAUAUGCGAACAAGUGAUGAUCGCAGAAGCACCUCAUCGCCUGCAUGUUACGCACGACUACCUCAGGAGCAAGGCUCACUGAAUGAUUUUCAAGAAAUUUUCGACCAUUACAGAAGAACGAGUACUGAUUGGAGUACCGACUGGAGUACUGAAAAUGCAAAAUAUGAUGAUAGCCCCAAUUACCAUUCAGAUGAAGAAGAUCUGACACAUGCAUCUAUUUCUCAAGAUAGCAGCCUCUUAUCUACAGAUAGCUCUAACAACAGUGUAUUGGUAAAACCACAUAAUGCUGGUUCAAUGAUUUCUGAAAGAUUAGAUCAACAACAUGUAAGCUCGAGAGAAGACGAAAACAACAACAUCAGCGAGCCGAGUCAUGGUUGGUCAUGGUUAAAUUAUAGCAAUGAAAACUUGAAUAAUAAUGACAACACUCACGAGCAGUUUAUAGAUGACCAAGACGAUGAUGGAUGCGUGGAGAAUGAAAAAGCUGACUUUGUUAAUUUAAGCGUUUCGAGAAGAACGAAGUCUACCAAACGUGCUUCGGAAAGAAUAAAUCAUUCCAAAAACAGGCAUUCGCCAAUUUUUCAGGUUCGUUCGGAUGAAUCAAAAUCCCCAAUAAUUACUCCUCCAGUGCUUUCUUCAUCUUCGUCACAGUCAUCUGACCCCACAGUAUUAUCAGUAACUGAAAAAAAACUAGAAUCACCUAAUGAUGACAAAACCAAUACACAUAAGAAAAAAUCGCUGGAGAAAAGGCUUGCCGGAUUAUUCAAAAGAAGACAACAAAGUGGUCCUUCCAAAUCAGACGUGAAAGUAAUUAAGAAAAGUGUAAGAAAAGAACUGAAGAAAAAGGCUUCUCAUUCCGGCUUAUCUAAAUUCAGGAAGAGUCCCAAGAAAAAGUUUAAGGAAGCAAAAGUGAACCAAGAAUGUCCUUCACCACCUGUCGAAACUGAUUCUACUGGAGAUGUAGAUACAGAAAGUACUAUUCAAUCAACCAUACAAAAUCCAAAUACUUCCACCAUACUUUCUGACCGCAAUAUUAGCCACAGCUCUGAAUUUGUAGUAGAGACUAUUAGUGAAUUGGAUGGCGACGAUUCAUUCGAUAUUAGUGGUAAUGAUAUCAAUUACAACGUAGAAGUACACUCUAAUAUAGAUAGAGACACAGCAGCAGGUUCUGAUGACAGUAUAGAACAACAGGAAGAAAGUAUUAUCCCAUCUCCUGAAACCCAAACUCCGAAUUUAAUUCCAAGAAAACUGACAUUUGGAGAUGUGGUCAAACCAAAGUAUCCAAAUGCUCCAAUAAAAUUUACAGACAGUGCUUUUGGAUUCCCGCUACCUAUGAUUACAAACUCCACAGUGAUUAUGUUUGAUCAUCGUCUGGGCAUCAAUGUUGAAAGGGCCAUUUACAGGCUCAGCCACCUGAAGCUCAGCGAUCCUGGAAGAGAAUUAAGGCAACAGGUAUUAUUGAGUAACUUCAUGUAUUCUUAUUUGAACUUAGUCAAUCACACUUUAUACAUGGAGCAGAUGGGUAGUGAAGAUGUGGUCUUCAAUGGGGAUUCCGCUCUGGGAAUGGUAGAUAAGAAUGAUUCCGAUGGCACUAUUUUGAUACCUGAUAUAUAA